AUGGUAGCUGCUAGCAAGAGAAACAUCAUGGCUUGCAUUGUCUACAUCAUGGUUCUCCUGGCUUUCAUCGCUGGGUUUGGAGGCUCGGCAGUUGCAGCUCAAGAUUCGGGAGCAGCGGCACCUUCCCCUCAAAUGCAAAGCGCUGCCACAACAAACCUUGCUUUCCCAGCCGCCACACUUGCUGCCAUUGCGACUCUGGUCGCCUGCUUUGUCUAG